CACUCCACCGCUGUUUGUGUUUUGUAGUAACAACUUCUGGAGAAAGCAUAAUUGAUUUGAUCGCUUCAGCAUCUGCGAAACAGCUACCCGAAUGGAUUCUUCGCCUCAGUCCGGUUCGCCCUCCGCCGCCCCGCCGCCUGAGCUGGAGGCCAAGCGCGAGAAGGAGAUGGUGCAUAAGACUAAAGUCAUUCAGUUUCUCGGGCGAACCGCGCCUAUCAUUCUCCAGAACGACAACGGCCCAUGCCCUCUCCUCGCCAUCUGUAAUGUUCUUUCCCUAAAGAACAGUUUGAAUCUGAGCCCAGAUAUUCCAGAGGUUUCCCAAGAAAAAUUGCUUUCACUUGUGGCUGAGCGGUUGAUCGACUCAAACACUAACACCGAUAACAAAGACACUGGGUAUGUAGAAAAUCAGCUGCAAAAUAUUGCAGAUGCAAUUGAUUUACUUCCAAGACUUACAACAGGCAUUGAUGUGAAUUUGAAAUUUAGAAGAAUUGAUGAUUUUGAGUUCACCCCAGAGUGUGCAAUCUAUGAUUUGUUGGAUAUUCCACUCUACCAUGGAUGGAUUGUUGACCCACAGGACCGUGAAACUGCUGAUGCUAUCGGGGCUAAAUCAUAUAACACUCUCAUGGGGGAGCUUGUUUCAUUAGAGGCAAAAAGUAUAACGAGUGACGAGAAAAAGAAUUCUGAAGAUGACACUGUUGAUUUUGUCGCUGCAACUACUGCAGCUCUUGGAAUUCCUUCUCCAAGUCUUUCAAGAGGCCAAUCCUUUACUGAUUCUCCUCCACAAGCAAGGAAAGGGGACAUCGAAGAAGAAGAAGAGCUCUUAAGAGCCUUGAGAUUGUCAGAGAUGGAAAAUUCUAUUCCGGUGGCAGAUGGUGUUGUGUCUGAUGGCCAUAUGAAUGAAAGUGUGUCGAUCAAUAAGUGUGAACUGGUCGCACCGCCUGAAGUGGUUGAAACUAAUUUUGCUGUCGAACCCGCAAAGACUGUGGCAUUGAAAUCCAAUGAUAGCAAUGCUCUGGGCAAGCUCCAUGUAGAUCCAGGCUCUGAAGUGGUUUCACAUGAAGCCCUUUCUUCAGAAACUGAUGAAAAGCAAUUAUGUGCUCAACCUUCAGAUGAAGAAUCUAUAAACGUUGUUGAUAAUGUGAUUGGUUCAGACACAGUGAUACUGAAUGGAAAGGUCCAACCAGUAUCUUUAGGAGAAGCUCGUCUACCUGCAUCUAAUGACUCACAGCAUGAAUUGAUGAGUGAUAAUCAUGCCCAGGAUCAAGUCACUUCCACCUCAAACCCAGAAGCUGAGAAAAAUUCUUGUGAUGUAUCUGAUGGAAAAGAUUCAUCCAGUUUGUUGAAUAGUGCAGAUUCAGAUUCAUCUAGCAGCCAAAUGCACCAAAAUGAUAAACCUGAAGCCAAAUCUUCCGGUGUUGAUGAUAGUGAACCAAUUUAUGAAGGUGAGGAUCGCAUAUUGGACUCAGGUACUGUUGCUUAUGCAAACCGAGAGCCUAUGUAUGAAGGGGAGGUGGUACUUGCGGAACAGGUUGAUACAGGUUUUGUGGAAAAUGGUGACUUUGGUAGCAAGGACACAAUUUCUGUAAAAGAAGGGGAAAUCAUCAAGAACUUCAUGAAGAAUAGUGCCAGUCAGUUGACUGUAUACGGCCUAUUUUGCUUACAAGACCAAGUCAAGGAACGUGAGCUUUGUGUGUUUUUCAGGAAUAAUCAUUUCAACACUAUGUUUAAGUAUGAAGGUGAAUUGUACAUUUUAGCAACUGACCAAGGGUAUCUAAAUCAGCCAGACUUGGUGUGGGAAAAACUAAAUGAGGUGAAUGGUGAUACUGUUUAUAUGACUGGCAACUUUAAGCAAUUCAAGAUGGAUGAGCAUUCCAGCAGCACGUGGGAUGAACAGAAUGCUAGGGCCACUACUGCAGACUACCUGGCUAGCAUUGAUAGUUCCGAACCAAAUACAAGUUUCAAUUCUGAUUUGCAGCUGGCGAUAGCUCUCCAACAGCAGGAAUUUGAUCAACAGCAGCAGGAACAGCAGCGAGAACAGCAGCAGCAGCAGCAGCGUAAUGCACAGCAGCAAGCCGUCAGCAGCAGUUCAAGGCUGAUUGUCGGUCCUCCCCAGCCCCAGGCUCCGCGGAAUAGUGGGAAAUACACGGGCUCCUCAAAGCAGGAAUCGAAAUCGAAAGAGAAGUGCAUCAUAAUGUGAAUGCCAUGGGUGUUUCUGGUUUAGUUGCAACCCUUUUCCAUUUACCUCUUUGUUUGUAACACUGCUAACUCGGUAUAGUCUACUGUUGUAAAUAAAAAUCACUCAUUUAUAGCAUAGACAACUACUCACUUUGUUGUGGGAUUUUGCUUUCUGCUAUUUUUCUGCUCACUCAGUAAUUAGUUUCAUUUGGUGUUAUGUGAAUAAAAAUAAGGACCUGAUUUGAUGA